UUCAGACCCAGUCCAGGUUCAUAUAUACCCAUUUUGUCUGACAAUGGCCGUACAGCCUAUUCUUGCGUUUGAUAUUUACGGCACUUUACUCUCCUUCGAAGUCGUCACCCAGCAAUUGGAGCACUACUUGGACGACAGCGCUCGGGCCCGGACGGUAUCGCAGACAUGGAGACGCUACCAGCUGGAAUACACUUGGAGGCUGAAUAGCAUGGGCCGCUACCAGCCCUUCCUGGACGUCACGAAGAAUGCCCUCGUGCACGCGCUCGCCGACACAGACGCCCGCCUGUCUGCCGACGAGAUCGAGCAUCUCAUGGCGACCUACAACAGCCUGUCUCCCUUCCCAGACGUCGACGACGCCUUGACCCAGCUCACCAACCUUCCACAAACCCGCGCGGUGAUCUUCUCGAACGGCACACAGGAUAUGGUGUCGAAGUGUGUGGACCGCACGCCAUCGCUGUCGCGGCACCGGAACUUCUUCCAGGCUAUCAUCAGCGCGGACGAGGUGGGGCAGUACAAGCCGGCGCCGGAUGUCUACAAGCAUCUGGCGGCGCGAGUCGGCAAGCACCACUCCGGCAUGCAGGAGAUUUGGCUUGUCAGCGGCAACCCGUUUGACGUGGCCGGUGCCCUGAAUGUGGGUAUGAAGACCAUUUGGGUUGCCCGGGAUCAGGCUCCCUGGACCGACCGCGCCCUGCCUGACCUGAAGCCAACCGCGACCGUCCACAGCCUGGGACAGGUGGUGGAUGUGAUCCGGGAUCGUGUAUCACAGUACUCGUAGCACUCUGUAUCCCUAGUAGGGUAGGUAGGGUACUGGGUAAGGGAAGGCCAAUGGCCGAGCCGACCGCACAAUGAAAUCUCUACAU